AUGACCAGAGGAACCUCCCCUGCCGCGGUCACGUGGCCCAAGGGCGGCGAGCUCACCCCGGAGUGGGUCGCCAACCUGGCGCGGGUCAUGGAGGCCAACACGUUCACCGGACCCGACCACCCGCAGAACCUGCGCCGGCUCGUCCCAAAGUCCGUGAUGGAGAAGCUGCUCAAGGCGACGCUCGCGGUGCUGGAGACGGAGGGCACCCUGGUGCGCGUCGAUCCUUCCUCGCCGGACGUCAACGUCAACGUGGUGGGCGACACGCACGGACAGUUCCACGACGCGCUGCGUCUCGUGCACCUCGCGGGCGCGCCCAGCGCGACGAACUGGUACGUCUUCAACGGCGACUUCGUGGACAGGGGCGCCUGGGGAGCGGAGCUCGUGGCGACCGUCUUCGCCUGGAAGGUUUGCAUGCCGCGGUACGUCACGCUGACCAGGGGCAACCACGAGUGCGAGUUCUGCACCGAGGUGUACGGGUACAAGAAGGAGCUGGAGGUCAAGUACGGGAAGAAGGACGGGCGCGCGCUGUGGAGGCUGUUCAUGCGCGUCGCGUCCGAGCUCCCGCUCGCCGCGCUCGUCGCGGACAAGACGCUCGUGGUCCACGGCGGGUUGUGGCGGUCCAAGCGAAAAGCCAAGGGGGGCAAAAAGGGAGGAGCGGGAGGUGCCUCGGGAGCGGAGGUGGGCACGCUCGCCGAGCUCGCCAAGGCGUGGAAGGGCGGCGACGACCCGGACGGCGAGGGCGACACGCAGAUCGCCGGGGACGUCCUGUGGUCGGACCCGGCGUUGGACGUGAACGGGAUGAUCUUCAACGAGAACCGCGGCAUCGGCACCAUGUUUGGCGCCGACGCGACCAAAAAGUUCAUGGAGACGAACGGCGUGCGACUGGUGCUGCGCUCGCACGAGGGACCGGACGCGCGAGAAGACAGGCAGGGCAUGAACGACAUGACGUCGGGGUUCAGUACGGACCACGAUAUUCCGGGCGUCGGCAAGCUGUGCACCGUCUUCUCCGCGCCCGAUUACCCGCAAUUCGUGGAGGAGGGCGAGCGGCGGUUCAACGGUAGAGCCGCGUUCGUCACGCUCGCGUCGGACAGCGGCUACCACGAGCCGCGCGUGACGUCGUUCGAGGCUGUGAAACCUCGGCCGGCUUGCGACCCGUACUACGACGUCACCGUGGGGGGCUCGGACGAGGAAGGGCCGGACGGGGAUCUAGCCGCGACGGUGGCGCGAGGCGAUGAAGCCGACGAUGACGAUGACGAUGGGGCGGAGGCCCACGCCGGCGGCUCCGACACCGUGACCGAGUCCGACGGCGACACGGUGUCGGGAGAGGGCGCCGCGGGGAUCGACGGAGACGACGCCAGCUUCGUGCCGGAGUCAGACGACGAGCGGGGGGAGGAGUAG